AUGUUUGACUUACCAGUAGUUGAGAAUAUAUUUGCGAUGCUUGGAACUUUGUUUUGCUCCUUUCAACUAGUUCCACAAGCACAUAAAAACUGGCAGUGUAAGAGCACAGAAGGACUAUCAUCAAAUAUGCUGCUUUUAUGGGCCUUUUCCUCAACACUUUUUGGAAUAUAUACGAUAAUUGAGUCGUUAUCAAUACCUUUGAUACUUCAACCACAAUUAUUCUGUAUAAUUGCCCUAUUUUGUAAUGUUCAGUGUUUAUACUAUGAUCAGCACGUCUACCCAUUUGACAAUGGAAGCAUGGAAAGAAAGUUUAAGUACGGAGUAGUGUUUGUGGUACGACUGUUAGUGCUAGGCGCGAUACAAGCAGCUGGAGUUAUAGGAGUUAAGAUUGCCGAAGAGAAGGAAAUAACGUGGCCUAAAACAACGUUGGGGAUAAUUCCAACUGCUAUAUUGUUGUGCGGAUUUAUUCCUCAGUUCUAUGAAAUAUAUCAUGCGAAAAUGGUUCAAGGAAUUUCUCUAAUAUUCAUGGCACUUGACAUAUCUGGUGCAGCUUUCUCGAUCUUGAGCUUGC